AUGCCGCGUCGACCCUCCCUGCAAGAGCGCGAUCGGGAACUGCAGCGGCAACAUGAGCGUCGUGAGUUCAUCGAAGGGCUGAUUUCGCAGCUUAAACAGAAGAUGGAGAAGCGUGGAAAGGUUCUGGACACGUUCAUCUCCCGCGGCAGCCUGCUCGACAUGUGGACCGAAGAGUUGCUGAAGAAGUUCGUCGAGCUUUUGAUGCCCAGUUUGAAAUCAAAAUCGAUCCCUAAACUCCGAAGUGGUUAUUUGCAGACGCUCUCAACCCUAGUAUAUAUUGAGUGGGAUCGGUGGCCGGACUUUGCUGCGAUUUUUUUGGAGCAGAAUCGUGGAGACGAAAAGAUUCCGGAAUACACCUUGGAGACCUUGGAAGAUCCGAGCUUUCUCGGGCCACGAUGGGCGGAGAAAUUCCUCAACAAUCAAUAUAUAUUCUGUCCAAUUGAUAUUGAGGAAGGAGAAAACAUCAUUAGGUCCAAGGAGUGGAGACUUCCAUUUCGUGAUGGUGGAGGGCGAAUCGGACAAGGUGGUUUUGGUGAAAUCGUUUAUGAAACCAUCGCUAGAGGCCACUUUCGUUCACAGUCAGACCAUCUUCUCCACGGAGCACCAUAUACCCAAGAUAUCAUGGUCGCCCGCAAAUGUUUCUAUACACGCAGCCACUUCCAACACGAGAUUAAAAACCUCUCCCUAUUACGGGCUAGUCUGUCAAACCACGAGCGCAUUGUUCCAUUUCUCGCCACGGUGACAGUGGGGAGAGAUUUUAAUAUUAUAUUUCCCCUGGCGAAAAUGGACCUAGAAGCCUUCCUGGGUGGUAAAUAUAGGCCUCCUUCCGAGUUCACUACACAGGAUCUUAUCACAGAGGCGUCUAAUUUAACAGGAGCAUUGUCGUUCUUGCAUGGUCACCUCCAACCCCCGGGACUAAAAUGUUGCCACAUGGACCUAAAACCUCAGAAUAUUCUUGUCUUUGAUGGUGUCAACUGCCCUGUGGGCAAAUGGAAGAUCUCUGACUUUGGCAUCUCCAUUAUGAGUGUGUCGGACCGUCGCCAGAUGACUGUUACAGACUUCGUAGACAAUAAUACUUAUCCUGUCAAUGAUGAUCCGCAACGUGUUCCACGAACAUAUCAGCCCCCAGAAGUUUCUACUGACCGACGGUUUGGGCGAAGAAGUGAUGUCUGGUCCCUUGGGUGCAUUUUGGUCCGCAUUCUAGCAUUAGGCCUAGAUGGUUUAAACGGGCUGAAAUGGUUAGAUGAGCGGAGGGCUCUGUCUGAUGAUGGCUGCGUUGGCUACGAACAUGACUAUUUUCACCGAGGGUCGCCCCCCGUCCUGAACCCUCAUAUCGAGACAUGGCUUACUACUCUCCCUUUUCGACAUCAAAAUUGUCUCCCUAUAUUCCUCGAGGCGUGCAAGGACAUCUUGCUCCGAAUACUUUCCAUUGACAAAUAUAGAAGGCCUCUUGCCGAGGAGGUCCAAACCAGACUCCUUGAAAUCAAAGAAUUCGCUCCAUCUGAACGAGGUUCGGUAACUCCAGGUGUUCAAUCGCUCGAUUUAUCUGGAUUGGAUCACAAAAAGAGUACCGAUAUCACUGCAACAGUCGCGUCCGUUGUUGCUGCAAUUGCAUAUGGAAAUGGACACGAACUCAGGGCGUUAUUGAAUGGCAAUGUUAUGGUCGAGGAGUCGCACGAGGGUGAUAGACCUGUCAUCCACGCCAUUCGGAAUAAUUUCACUGAUGCAGUCCGAAUGCUCCAGGACUACGAGCCGCUAUUAGACCUUGAGACCCCUGAUUGCGAAGGUAGAACGCCUCUCAGGCUAGCUGCAGAGCAAGGAAACACCUCCCUUGUUGAAACCCUGCUUCGGGCCGGCGUAGACAUCAAUGCUCCAUCACGUGACGGACUGAUGCCACUUAUGGUCGCAGUUCAGCAUGGACAUCAAGAUACGAUUGAAGUGCUCCUAAAUCAUGGAGCAAAUUGCAUGGCUUAUUCGGAGAAUGGAUAUACCUGUGUUCAUUAUGCGGCCAUGAAUAGAACUGCAGGGGCCGACGUGCUUCUUUCCCUCAUCAGCAAUAUGAAAAAUGUUGAUGUUCCGGGCAUCAGAGACGGAAGAACACCGCUCUUUGUCCUAGUGAAUAGCUUCGCCAAUAAUGACCUCUGGUGGAGGAAGUUCUAUGCACUGUACAACCGAGGAGCCAACCUCAGUUUACCAGAUAAGAACGACAUGACGCCACUGUCGACAGCUGUUACCCAGGGUCACGCGCUGCUGGCAGAAAAGCUUUGGGAAUUGAAGGCCGAAUAUGGACAUACUCCACUACCUAGGAAUUGCUUCUCGGAUAUGGAGAAGGUGGUGCGGAAGAUUCGGGCUUCCAAGGAGCCUGGCCACACAAGGAAGCAGUCAGGAUGGUCUUUUCGACGGAGAUCGCACUCUUCUCACGGAAGCUAG